GGUGCCUGUCAGUCUGCCUGACCAACAACUCUGUAUGACAGUCGUUAACUCGUUAUUGUUACUACCGACGCGGUAACUGCGUAAGUUAGCAUAACCCACCACAUAUAAUUCUUCUGGUUUUAGAUCCAAUCGGAAAAUCUUCCACUGAACCUCCAUAGCUUCACACUCUCAAGCUCUUCCACACUCACUUCACCAGCUACACUCACAAACACCAAGAACACACACUAAAUCUAUCCAUACAUCAUUCAAUUGAAUCAAUCCUCAGGUUUUUAUAUACAAAUUCAAUGUCAUCAACAUCAUCACUUCAUCAAAGGUCACUUCACAAACCCUACAAUUUGUUAUUCCAAAAAUCAUCAACGGAUGGUCACUCAAAACCCUACUCCUUGUCAAUGCUCUUUAAUCGGACCACGCUUUUGCUCCUCCUCACCCUCCUCAUAAUCCUUGGCGUGUUCUCCCCAUGGAUCGGUGACCGUUCAACGUUUUUUUCGUAUUCAGGCAAUUCUAGGGUUUCUUUGGAAGCGAAAUGGCGAGGAUAUACGCUACCGGAAGCGGUGGCGUAUGUGGCGAAGAAUGGGAGUACGGUGAUUGUUUGUGCGGUGAGUCAGCCGUACUUGCCGUUUUUGAAUAAUUGGUUGAUUAGUAUUGUGAGGCAAAAGCAUCAUGAGAAAGUGCUUGUUAUUGCGGAGGAUUAUGCGACGUUGUAUACUGUUAAUGGGAGGUGGCCUGGUCAUGCUGUGUUGAUACCUCCUGCACCUGAUGCUCAAGUUGCUCAUAAGUUUGGCUCUCAGGGAUUCUUCAACUUCACUUCCAGAAGGCCAAGGCAUUUGCUGCAAAUCCUAGAGCUUGGAUAUAGUGUGAUGUACAAUGAUGUUGAUAUGGUCUGGCUAGCAGAUCCAUUUCUUUACCUCAAAGGAAAACAUGAUGUGUACUUUAUGGAUGACAUGGCUGCUGUCAAACCGCUGGAUCAUCCUAAUGUCCUCCCACCUCCUGGGAAAAAAGGGCGUACUUAUAUUUGCAGUUGUAUGAUUUAUAUGCACCCAACACCAGGGGCAAAAUUGGUCUUGAAAAAGUGGAUUGAAGAGCUUGAAAGUCAACCAUGGUCAAAAGCAAAGAAAGCUAAUGACCAGCCUGCUUUCAACUGGGCAUUGAACAAAACAGCAGGCCAGGUGGACCUAUACCUGCUCCCUCAGGCAGCAUUUCCAACAGGUGGACUAUAUUUUAAGAAUCAGACAUGGGCAGAAGAGACGAAAGGAAAACAUGUUAUAAUUCAUAACAAUUACAUUCUUGGUUUUGAAAAGAAAAUAAAGCGCUUUCAUGACUAUGGUCUUUGGUUGGUUGAUGAUCAUGCCUCUGAAUCGCCACUUGGCAGAUUACAAUAGGCUGCAACCCCCAAUCUCACAUGGAACCCAACUCUUUAUGUACUAUUAUUCUUUUGUAGAAAUCUUGUAAGUUUUCAACUGCAUAACU